AUGUUUGCUCGACGAUUCACAAUCUCAAGUUCCAUCGUUUCGAAGAUGAUGAAGAAGAAUCAAAAACUUAGCACAUCUUCAGAAACAGAUCUCUCUGUCUCAAAGAUGAAGAAAAAGCCAAACGUAAGCAAAUCACAAGUCAUCACGACAAGCCCCUUGCGAGAAGCAAUGAAGAAGCAAAACGACGCCGACUGGUUCCUCACUGGUAAAGUAAUAGCUUCCGAAGCACGUCACUCUAACUUCGUCUUCUCUCCGGCGUCACUCAACGCGGCGGUCGCAAUGGUGGAAGCCGCCGGUGCCAGGUCAGCAUCCGAAGAACGUAAAGCUCUCUCCAGUGAGAUAGCUACCGUCGUUUUCGCCGACGGUAGCAAGAAAGGUGGCCCCAAAAUCACGGCGAUUAACGGCGUUUGGGUGGAGAGCAAUCACUCCCUGUUGAUCAGACGUUGA